AGUCGUGCUAAUCGCUCGAGCUUACUUAAGUAGUGGUGGUGGUGGUGAGCCAGCGAUCGAGCUAGCUUGUCAUUUGUCAACGAGAACCAUGGCGUCCUUCCACAUAGCCACGCUGCUCUCCGCGACUCUGCUGCUGUCUUUGCUCGUCCUGGCGAGGUCCGACGUCACGCCGCCCACCACGCCGGUGCCGCCAUCCACGGCGUGCAACGGGACGACGGACCCGACGUUCUGCCGCUCCGUGCUGCCGUCGAACGGCACCGGCAACCUCUACACCUACGGCCGGUUCUCCGUCGCCAAGUCGCUGGCUAACGCCAACAAGUUCCUCGGCCUCGUCAACCGCUACCUGUCCGGCGGCAGGCUCGCCGCCGGCGCGGUGGCCGCGCUGCAGGACUGCCAGCUGCUGUCCGGGCUCAACAUCGACUUCCUGUCCGCCGCCGGCGCGACGCUCAACAAAACGUCCAGCACGCUCCUCGACCCGCAGGCCGAGGACGUGCAGACGCUGCUGUCGGCGAUCCUGACCAACCAGCAGACGUGCGCCGACGGCCUCCAGGCCGCCGCCUCGGCGUGGUCCGUGCGCAACGGGCUCGCCGUGCCGAUGAGCAACAGCACCAAGCUUUACAGCGUCUCGCUCUCGCUCUUCACCAGGGCGUGGGUGCCUCCCAGAACCAAGAAGCCGAAGGCAACAAAGCCGCCUCGCAGCGGCGGCCGCGGGAGGGGCCUGUUCGACGCCACCGACGACGAGAUGGUGCGGAGGAUGGCGCUCGAGGGGGCCGCGGCGGCUGUGAACACGGUCGGCUCCGUGACGGUCGACCAGAGCGGCGCCGGCAACUUCACGACAGUCGCCGACGCCGUGGCGGCGGCGCCGACGAACCUCGACGGCACCAAGGGCUACUUCGUGAUACACGUGACCGCCGGCGUGUACGUUGAGAAUGUGGUGGUGCCCAAGAACAAGAAGUACGUGAUGAUGGUCGGCGACGGCAUCGGGCAGACGGUGAUCACCGGCAACCGGAGCGUCGUCGACGGCUGGACGACCUUCAACUCCGCCACGUUCGCUGUGCUCGGGCAAGGAUUCGUGGCGGUGAACAUGACGUUCCGGAACACGGCCGGGCCGGCGAAGCACCAGGCGGUGGCGCUCCGGUGCGGCGCCGACCUGUCGACGUUCUACCAGUGCAGCUUCGAGGCUUACCAGGACACGCUGUACACGCACUCGCUGCGGCAGUUCUACCGCGCCUGCGACGUCUACGGCACCGUCGACUACGUGUUCGGCAACGCCGCCGUCGUGUUCCAGGACUGCACGCUGUACAACCGCCUCCCCAUGGCCGGGCAGAGCAACACCGUGACGGCGCAGGGCCGCACCGACCCUAACCAGAACACCGGCACCACCCUCCAGGGCUGCGCCGUCGUCGCCGCGCCCGACCUCGCCGCCAACACGGCGUUCGCCACCACCAACUACCUCGGCCGGCCGUGGAAGCUCUACUCGCGCACGGUGGUCAUGCAGUCCGUCGUCGGCGCGCUCAUCGACCCGGCCGGGUGGAUGCCGUGGGACGGCGACUACGCGCUCAGCACGCUCUACUACGCCGAGUACAACAACUCCGGCCCCGGGGCGGACACCAGCAGGAGGGUGAGCUGGCCGGGCUACCACGUGCUCAACAACACCGCCGACGCCGGCAACUUCACCGUCGGCAACAUGGUGCUCGGCGACUUCUGGCUGCCGCAGACCGGCGUGCCCUUCACCAGCGGCCUCAACUGAUCUGUCGACGAAAACAUACAUACAUACAUACUACAUAGACACACGUGAUUGGUACAAGUACUCAGUUGUGUCGAUUGUUAAACAUUUUUAGAUGAUGUAAUUGUAACUUUAGCAAAAAAAAAAUACUGAAUUAGGCAGAGAAAAGGAAUACAAUAAGUGGUAUAAAAAUACCACAGAAAGAGCUUAAA